UUUUUAAACAAUACCCUUUGUGGUCUAUCAUAGAGGUCUGGCGCGACUUAAAAAGCCGUACAAGCGUACGUGUACGUGACCGGAAGAGGCAGCAGGCUCUAACAGGCAACAGGCCCAUCGACCAGCCGCCUUUAACGGAGAUGGAGAGGCGGGUAAUUGAUCUGAUUGGGAUCAACUACAUCGAGGGUCACGAAGCGGUUCCUGACAAUGUGCCAUUGGAAGAGGAGCUUCAAUUGGUCAUGGAGGAUGGGGAGGAUAUUGUCUUCCAUGCGGUGACGCCGGCGUCCGUGUUUGGAGCCGACAGCGAGGUGCAGGUCAGCACACCUAAAAUUCCUGCGCAAACACCGCGUAGGGCUUUGAAGAGGAAGCGGGCGGAGGAAGAGAGCGAUGUCCAGAAAAAAUUUCUGGAAGUCGCUGAGAAGCAAGCAGAUGCCUUGAAGAUGCUGGCUGAAAACUCUUCCAGACAAACGGAUGUUUUGAAGAUGCUGGCUGAAAAUACCGCAAGGCAGACGGAGGCGACGCUUGCAAUGGCGCAGUCUAUGACCGUCCUUAGCGAAGGGAUGAAAGCCUGUGCCACAUUUUAUAAAAUAACUUCAAGUACGCAGUUUUAUAGCGCAUUAAAUUAAAAAUCAAAGCGAUUUCGUAGCAACCUCAUUUUUACACAUUGUUAUACUAAAAUUUAAGUGUUG